AUGGCACAGACCACACUAUCAAGUAUCUUGCACUACGCCUCAUUGGAUCUCACACCCUAUGAAUUCCUCUACAAACACUUCCACAGCAACCCGGAGCUCUCCCUGCAAGAACGCGCCACCUCGGAAAAGAUAGCCGCACAUCUACACAAGCUAGGCGCCUACGAGCUGCACACCCACAUUGGCGGGUACGGCCUGGCCGGCGUCUUCCGAAAUGGACCGGGAAGGACGAUCCUUCUCCGUGCGGAUAUGGACGCCCUCCCCGUGCAGGAACUCACGGGCCUUCCGUACGCAAGCACCGUGCGCAUGCGCGACGCCGACGGGGUCGAGAAGCCUGUUAUGCAUGCGUGCGGACACGAUAUGCACAUGACGUGCCUACUCGCUGCGGCGGAGACACUGGUGCGGAUCCGGGACUCGUGGAGCGGGACGCUGAUUGUAUUGUUUCAGCCGAAUGAGGAGCGCGGGGCGGGCUCGCAGGCGAUGGUUGAUGAUGGGCUUUAUGAGAAGAUCCCCAAGCCUGAUUUUGUCUUUGGGCAGCAUGUUAUGAGGCUUCGGGCUGGGACGAUCGGGUCAAGACAGGGCACGAUUAUGGCGGCUUGUGAUAGUAUGAAGGUUACGGUCUUUGGGCGCGGCGGGCAUGGCUCGUUACCGCAUUACACGGUUGAUCCGGCGCUGCUGGCUGCGCAUAUUGUCGUGCGACUGCAGGGGAUCGUGAGCCGCGAGGUUGAUCCGAGUGAUCUGGCGGUUGUGACUGUGGGUAGUCUGCAGGCCGGGCAGACGGAGAACAUCAUUGCGGAUCGGGCGGAGAUUGGGCUUGAUUUCCGGACGGUGAAGCUCGAGACGCGCGAGAAGGUCAUCGCUGCGAUCAAGCGGAUUGUCGAGGCCGAGUGCGCGGCCAGUGGCUCACCCAAGCCGCCAGUCUUUACUCCGACGAGGCGCUUCCCGCCUACGAAUAAUGACCAUGAAGUCGCUGCUGUUCUGGCCGCUUCCUUUGCUGAGCAUUUCCAAGGUGACUUUAAUCCCGACACCGAGCGGACGAAUGUCAGUGAGGAUUUUCCGACACUGGCAACAGCCAUCGGUGUCCCAUCUGUCUUCUGGUUCCUUGGGGGGAUUGACCAUGCGCUGUGGGAUCAGGGGCAGACAGAGGAGAUUCCAGGCAACCACUCUGCGCUGUUCGCGCCGGUAAUCCAUCCAACAUUGAAGGCCGGCGUGGAUGCAUUAUGCAUUGCAGCCUUGACGUUUCUGAGGAAAUAG